AUGCCCGCUGAACUCUCCCGGGCCGUGAGAAUGCACGCCAUCUCCGACCUCCACGCCUCCCUCACCCUGCGACUCCUCAACAAGGGGCCCGAGUACCUCCGCAGGCAGAUGGAGGCAGGCAGCCCGGGCAGGAGAAGUGCCGUGGAGAGGCUGGCAGCCGAUAAGGCCAAGUACGUAAAAAGCCAGCAGGUAAUCAGCACCAAGCAGGAGCCCGUCAUCAGGGAAGGGCGCGAAGCCCCUGGAGCUGGCCAAGGCGGUGUACUCCUGCCGUGGCCCCCUGCAGCACGGCCCCCCAUAGCCAGGCGCGGCACCCCCAAGAGGCAGAUGCGGCCGGAUUCCCUGGUGAUUUACCGCCAGAAAUGCGAGUUUGGGAGAGGUCAAAGCCAGGACAGCUCACGGGGGAGCUUGGUGAGGAGGAUCUUCCAAGGGUCAGUAAAGGAGAAGCAGUUGGCUUCCCCCGAGAUGCCCAGAGUCAUGGAGGACACCGCAGCCACCGAGAGCAAAGAGCCUCUCUCAGCAAAAGACAGUGACCAUGAGCCGAGCAACCACGGAGCAGAGCGAGCCAUCACCGUGAGCACCGAUGCCCCAGGGGUAUGCACAAAGGAGUGGGAGAGUGCCUCAAAACUGAGUGUACCUCCUGAGGAGGUCAAGGAGGUGAAGAGGAGAGGUCUCCAUCGCUCCCAGUCGGACAUCAGCUCUCGCUACUCCAAGUCCUUCUCUGAGUUUGAUACAUUUUUCAAGUACUGUGGCCUGGAGCAGGAGGUCAUCGAGGAUCUCGGGAGAGAGAACUUCUCUGUGGUGUCUGACAACGUCUCCUUCAAGAUCCGCAGCAUCAGCGUGGCAACGUCCGAGAGCGACUUCACGAGGCACAGCGGGGACGAGGGGCUGCUGGAGGAUGAACUCACAGAGCAGGUCCCGAGCAGCACCUCUGUGAUCGAGCGCAACGCGCGGAUCAUCAAAUGGCUGUACACAUGUAAGAAAGCCAAGGAGUCCAACAAGGUGAUCCAGGAACUGGCGUGA